AUUACUUCCGGUGUUAUUGCACUUGUUUCCUCUCGUGGUUGAGAAACAGCUUUUAUCUCUGAAAAACGUUUCCAGAGCAGAUUGAUUUAGUCAAAACUAUCGAAUCUUUUGAAAACAACAAAUAUGCCGAAGAAUAAAGGAAAGGGAGGUAAAAACAGGAGGAGAGGGAAGAAUGAGAACGAAAACGAAAAGAGAGAACUGGUCUUCAAAGAGGACGGACAGGAAUAUGCACAAGUGACAAAAAUGUUGGGCAAUGGUCGACUGGAAGCCCAGUGUUUUGACGGUGUAAAGAGGUUGUGUCACAUAAGAGGGAAGUUACGGAAAAAGGUUUGGAUAAAUGGUGGUGACAUUAUUCUACUGGGUCUCCGAGAAUUUCAGGACACAAAGGCUGAUGUUAUUCUGAAAUAUACCGCAGACGAAGCCAGGAAUCUGAAAGCCUACGGAGAACUGCCGGAAUCAACCCGUAUUAAUGAGAAUGUUAAUGAUGAAGAAGCCGAGGACAACAUCGAGUUUGGAGAUUUUGAUGGAGACGAUGAUGAGAUUGAUGAUUUAUAAAGAAGAUUUUUUGGAAGCUUUUUAGUUUAAUACGGAACAUUGGGACACCUGAACUGUGUCGGGGACUUCCUGACCUAGCAAGCUGUUCUACUUCAUCAAAUUUGUCUGUUGUUUUCAAAUGUUUGGACAUUGAAGUGCUUGUAAAUUAUUAAAUUCUUAAAUGGACUCAAAACUUGACGUUUUGAAGUAAACACUACCCUGUAGAUACUGAGAAGAGUUUGUAGUAUGAGCCUGUAUAUAUUCUUUGACAUUCAGUUGUUUGCAGGAUAUGUACAUGUAUGAUACUUUGACUGUGUAUAUUGUAAUGUUGAACAAUGGAAAAAAUCAUCAGUAUGUUACAGGUUACCAACAUUUACAUUUACUUGUGUAAGAAAAUUUUUACUUCAUCUA